CGACUCGGAUAGUAGAGUGUCUGUGUGCUGUAUAAGUGGGGGAGGCGGCGGCUGUGGGAGCAGUUUUGAGCAUUUGGUGCCAGUUCCGAUGCUAGGCUGGUCGGAGUCCACACGCUUGAGCGGGCUGCGAGCUGCUCGCCUUCUGUAAUAAAAUGCAAAUGUGCGGCUGGAAUCUGUAAUCAGUUUCGAUUCGGCGCUGAGUUUUAUUGCCUCGGAGGGGGUCCGGCCGCACCAUUUGAUGGGGUAAAAAAAUGUCAGUCAGGACCGGCUUUUACAAACAAGAAUUAAACAAAACGAUAUGGGAAGUGCCGGAGAGAUACCGGAAUCUGAGCCCGGUCGGAUCUGGGGCUUAUGGAUCUGUCUGCUCUGCCUAUGAUACAAGAACACGACAGAAGGUCGCUAUAAAAAAGCUCUCAAGGCCAUUUCAGUCUCUGAUCCAUGCAAGGAGGACCUACCGGGAGCUGAGACUGUUAAAACACAUGAAACAUGAAAAUGUAAUUGGAUUGUUAGAUGUUUUUACGCCAGCGCUUACAUUGGAGAACUUCCGUGAAGUGUAUUUGGUGACAAACCUCAUGGGUGCAGACUUGAACAACAUCGUGAAGUGUCAGAAGCUGACAGACGAUCACGUGCAGUUCCUUGUGUAUCAAUUACUCAGAGGGCUUAAGUAUAUCCAUUCUGCUGGCAUCAUCCACAGAGACCUGAAACCAAGUAAUUUAGCAGUAAACGAGGAUUGUGAAUUAAGGAUUCUAGAUUUUGGGCUGGCUCGGCAGACUGACGAUGAAAUGACCGGUUACGUAGCGACGCGGUGGUAUCGAGCUCCAGAAAUAAUGUUAAACUGGAUGCAUUAUAAUCAGACAGUGGAUAUUUGGUCUGUUGGCUGCAUUAUGGCAGAGUUGCUGAAAGGAAAAGCCCUUUUCCCAGGAACCGACUAUAUUGAUCAACUGAAGCGAAUAAUGGAAGUUGUUGGAACACCAAGUUCAGAGUUGCUGAAGAAAAUAUCUUCUGAACAUGCUAGAAAAUACAUUGAAUCUUUACCAUACAUGCCUCAACGAGACUUGAAAGAGCUAUUCAAUGGUGAUAAUCCUUUAGCUGUAGAUCUGCUUCAGAAGAUGCUAAUUCUUGACACUGAUAAGAGGAUAACUGCAACAGAUGCUCUGACUCACCCUUACUUUGCUCAGUAUCAUGACCCCGAAGACGAACCAGAAGCUGAACCCUAUGACGAAUCAAUAGAGAAUAAGGAGAAGACAAUAGAGGAGUGGAAAGAACUUGCGUUUGAAGAGGUCAACAGCUUUGAGUUGCCACAAUGUACAACGGAAAAUAUGGAAACGGACAACUGAGAGCGAACUGUCUGCAGUGAGAGUUUAAAAGAUUGUUUCACAUGCCUGCUGCUUGACUCACAAUACGGUCCCUUUUUUAUGUACACAAUCCCACCUUCGCUACAGUUCACCACACUUCUCCGACGGACAUAAAACAUAAUGAAAUUCACUGUCUUCAAUGUUAAUUUGUUUUCUUUUUUUUGCAUAUCUGUCUUCUGUAAACAACUAAUAAACCAAAAGCUAUGUGUCACUCAUGUCAAGUUUAUCAAUCACGUUCUAAUGUCCUGAAGUGUGUGUGUGUUGCACAGUUCAUGUUCGCUGCCUUUGAGCACAUAAAAUGGCUCCAAUCAAACAUUUUUGAGGUAGUUCAAAAUGUCAACAACUGUACAAAUGAUUAAAUCUAGUUUAUGCUUAUUCUGUUUACUUACAGUUCGAAUGAUGAGCAACUCACUAGCAAGAAAAUGCUCAGAAUAAAAUAACUUAAUUUUAUUGUCUUUUGCACUAUCACUUUGAAAGCAUUAACUCUUUCCUGUAAUAUGGCUUCAGUGUUUUAACUUUAUAAACAGCACUGAAACAGAAAAUGCAUUGAAUCCAAUAGUUCACAUAAAAAAAAAGAGGAUUUGAUAGCUCUACUAGCUUAGUAAUUCCAAAUUAUCUGCUACCUUACAGCAAUUUACAAUGCCGUGGAUUCUGGUUAAUUGGGAUGCAUCUGGAUCAGUACAUUUUGGCCCAAUUAGCCAAAGUUUCUUGAAAUUAGUUAAAAAGAUAAACUGAGUUCUAAUUAGUGUUCUAAUUAGUUCUGUAUUUCAUUUAAAUUCAUAAAUUGUUAAUUAUAACACUACCAAUAGUACUACAAAACUAUAUUAGUUCCUAAUAGUUAUCCAUGGAGGAUUUCAUGCUCGUCACCUUCUUUUGACUGUAAAUGAAUAAAAUCUGCCGAGAAACCUA